CCGUCUCCUCAAACCUGCGCGACCGAAGCAGUGUUCAACUUCCCUUCAUGGUGACGCGACCGCCUACUAUUCAUAAUCCUGUCACUCGCAGCCUGCCUCAAUGGGUCGACAACAGCCUCCCGAGCUCCUAGAAGAAUACUUUCAUAGCCCACGAGAUCUCCAAAAGCACUCGAAGUGGCCCUACUUCUUGCGCUUACACGGCAGUGUCCUCCCGAAGAUGAUUGUACCGCUCCUCUUCGUCGCUGCAUGGGCAACAGCCAUCACCUGCAUCUCUCAGCUCGUCCAUAACAUCAGCAUCAACCCAGUUCUGGUAACCAUCAUGGGUUUCGUGGUCGGUCUGGCACUCUCCUUCCGCUCCACCACUGCCUACGAGCGCUACAUGGAGGGACGCAAAUACUGGGCUCAACUGCUACUCGCUUCUCGCAACAUUGCACGUCUCGUCUGGGUGCACGUAAUAGAGCGCCACGCCGAAUCCGCCGAACUUGGCAAGGAGGAUCUCUUGGGCAAGCUUGCUGCUCUGAACCUUCUGAACGCCUUCGCCAUCUCGCUCAUGCACCGGUUGCGCUUCGAGCCCUCGGUCGAGUAUCCCGACCUUGCGCCUUUAGUAGCCAACCUGAAGACUCUUGCAGCUGAAGCCGAUCAGGCCGCACUUCGCGUGGAGCAAGUACCCCUGUGGAAAUCGCUUGGCUUGUACCUGGGCAUGUCCUUCGCUGAGGACAACCCGCGCGCUCUGGUCAAGUACGCCAACCAGAACCUCGGCAACACUCCGUUAGAGAUCCUGAACUACCUAUCGGCGUACGUCGAGAACAUUGUACAGAACAAGACUUUCGCUAUCGGCGCAUUGCAAGGGCAAGUCAUGAACCAGCUCCACUUCAUGGGCGAGGCACUAGCCGGCGUGGAGCGCGUAGUCAAUACGCCACUACCAGUUGCAUACUCGAUCAUCUACGCACAAAUCACCUGGGCCUACGUCCUCGCGCUACCCUUCCAACUCGUAUACCAGCUCCACUGGGUGGCGAUCCCUGGUACGCUUCUAGGCGGAUACAUCAUCCUUGGACUCGCCGCCAUCGGUCGCGAGCUGGAGAACCCCUUCGGCCACGAUGUCAGUGACCUACCACUCGAGUCCUUUUGCAGGGAGCUCGCGAGCGAUAUUGAUACGUUGACGGGGCGACCGGCGCCGCUGAAGGUGGAGGAUUGGAUGUCCGGGGCUGGUGCGAAAGUGAUGUGGCCCAUGAGUGAGUUGGGUUACAAGGCGUGGGAGGCGAAGAGUGUGGAUGAAAUACGAGCUACACUGAAGGCGAAGGCGGAGAGUGUGGAUGUCAAGCGGAAGAGGACGACUACGAUGAAGAUGAGUGAGAAUCUGACGCCGUCGGUUUAGGUUUGGUAGACUGUGCAUGCGGGAACCCGUCUGUACCUAAGAUAUGUACCCCAUCCCCCCAAAAUGCUGGGCCCAUUCUCACUUGUAGGAUCUAACGGACUUCGUCGGUUCUCGUAUGUAUUGACAACGGAAUGAUCGGUUCCGGACACUGCUCGGCUCCGACCGGGCCAAAGCACGUGGGAGCUGAAUCCUCCACGAUCGA